AUGAAGCGCGGCGCCAGGGACGACGCGCUCAUGGGGUCACAGCUCAAACGCCCCAACGUUGCCCGAUCCGAUCCGUCGGCUCAGCCACAGCAUAUGCCCGGGCCCGGUUCAGCGUCUGCGGCCGCACCGCCGCCUCAGGCUGGUGCUGCUCCGCCGGCGCAGCCGCAGCAGCCGUCCGGUGCUGCCUUGACCAACCAGAAGCUGACGACAAACGAUGCGCUCGUCUACCUUAAGGCAGUUAAGGAUAAGUUCCAGGACAAGCGCGAGAAGUACGAGGAGUUCCUCGAGGUCAUGCGCGACUUCAAGAGCGAGAGGAUCGACACCAAUGGAGUGAUUAUCCGUGUCAAAACGCUGUUCAAUGGGUACCCUGAACUGAUCCUUGGGUUCAACGCCUUCUUGCCUAAGGGCUAUGCGAUCAAGCUACAAGAAGAGAAGAAGCCUGUUGAUUUUGUGGAAGCUAUCAAUUUCGUGAACAAGAUAAAGAAUCGGUUUCAGCAUGAUGAACAAGUUUACAAGGCAUUCUUGGACAUCCUCAACAUGUACCGCAAGGAUAAUAAGUCUAUCCAAGAUGUUUACCAGGAGGUUGCUUUGCUGUUCACUGAACAUAAAGAUUUGCUUGAAGAGUUCCAGCACUUUCUGCCUGAUACCUCAGUGGCCCCACAAGCAGCGGCCUCAAGGGGUGGUUUGGUUAAGCGGGAGGACAGGGGCUCUUUAGUGCCUCCUGCAAAUAGGACCCUUCACAAUGAUAAGAGGGACAGACCUUAUCUGUCACAUGCUGAACGUGAUUUUAGUGUUGACCGUCCUGACGUGGAGCAUGAUCGCCAGAGAAGACGUCUUGAUAAAGAGAAAGAACGGAAGGUGGAAAGGGAUAGAAGGGAUUAUGAGAGAGAAGACAAGGAUGGUGAACAUGACAGCAGAGAUCUGGAGAUAGGACAGCGUAAGCGAAAGCCUUUUCCAAGGAAGAUGGAGGAUAAUGCAGGUGCUGAGGCACACCAAGGAGGCCCCAGUGAGAAUCAUGGAAUCCAUAGUGUAUCUGCUUCAUCAUAUGACGAUAAGGAUGCGCUGAAGAGUGUAUACACGCAUGAGUUCCAUUUCUGUGAGAAGGUGAAGGAAAAGCUGGAGCAUGAAGCUUACCAAGAGUUUUUGAAAUGUCUACACAUCUACAGCCAAGAGAUUAUCACGCGAAGUGAACUGAAGAACUUGGUGAAUGAUAUACUCCAGCAUUAUCCAGAUCUCAUGGAAGGGUUUAACGAAUUCUUGGAGCAUUGUGAAAAUAUAGAUGGAUUUCUUGCCGGUGUCUUCAACAAAAGGCCAACCGCGAGGGUUGUUAAAACUGAGGAUAAAGAAAAGGAUAGAGAUCGGGACAGGGAGGACAGGGAUAGAGAUCGGGAAAAGGAAAGAGAAAAGGAACGAGAAAGGCUCGAUAAAGGAUCUACAUUCAAUUCAAAGGAAGGUUCUAGUCACAAACCUCCUAUGUUCUCUGGCAAAGAGAAGUACAACCUAUCCAAACCAAUAUCAGAGCUUGAUCUCUCAAACUGUCAACGCUGCACUCCGAGUUACCGGCUUCUACCUAAAAAUUAUCCCAUGCCCCCGGCCAGCAACAGGACUGAUCUUGGAGCCUCUGUUCUGAAUGAUCACUGGGUGUCAGUGACAUCAGGAAGUGAAGAUUAUUCAUUUAAGCACAUGCGGAAGAAUCAGUACGAGGAAAGCUUAUUUCGAUGCGAGGAUGACAGGUUUGAGUUGGAUAUGCUGUUGGAAUCAGUUAAUGCAGCGACUAAGCGUGUUGAAGAGCUGAUAGAAAAGAUGCAAGACAACUCAGUCAAACCUGAGAGCCCAAUACGCAUCGAUGAGCAUUUAACUCCAUUGAACCUGAGGUGCAUUGAGCGACUGUACGGUGAUCAUGGUCUGGAUGUGAUGGAUGUUCUACGCAAAAAUGCUAGUGUUGCAUUGCCAGUUAUUCUAACUAGGCUCAAACAGAAGCAGGAGGAGUGGUCAAGGUGUCGAUCAGACUUCAACAAAGUUUGGGCUGAAAUAUAUGCCAAGAAUUAUCACAAGUCACUUGACCAUCGUAGUUUCUAUUUCAAGCAGCAAGAUACGAAGAACCUGAGCACAAAGUCUCUCCUGACGGAGAUAAAAGAAAUUAAUGAGAAGAAAAGGAAGGGAGAUGACGUGCUCCUUGCCAUUGCUGCUGGAAAUAGGCGGCCUAUAGUUCCCAAUAUGUCAUUCGAGUAUGUAGACUCGGAAAUCCAUGAAGAUCUACAUAAGAUCAUUAAGUACUCCUGUGGCGAAGUCUGCAACUCUUCAGAUCAAUUAGAUAAAGUGAUGAGAAUAUGGACAACUUUUCUGGAGCCAAUUUUGGGUGUUCAGCGAAAACAUGGGUCUGAGGAUCCUGACCUAGUUAAGCCGAAGAGCCGAACAACAAAAUCGGGUCUUGCAAAUGUGGGAGAAAGCAAUACCGGAGCUGGGAUUGUCUCCAAGCAAAGCAACGGUGAUGAAAGUGAACAAGGGCCGUCAUCUCGGGCUAGAUUAGCAAAUGGAGUUGCAGCCGACACUCAAAAUGGUUUCCAUGAUGCAGAUCGAACUGCCCGUAGAGGUGAAGAACCAUCAAACGCUAUACUAAAUGGAAGAGUGCAUGGUGCUAUCUCUGCAGAUGAAACACCUUCCCUGAGCACACAAAACAUUGCUUCUACUGAGCGAUCAGCAGAAAAUGCAGCUGUUGUUAGGACUGAACAACAUAAGGCAAAUUCGGAACUUACGCCAGGCGUGAAUGCUUCUAGAAGUUUUCAUGAUGCAGUUGAGGCAGCUGGUGAAGGCAAGACUGGCAAUGAAACAUUACUUUCUGCCGAGGGAGGGGAGACGGGGAGGUUGGGACCAUCUUUAAAUGGCACCAGCGAGGGAAUUAAAGGGCGCCUAAAUAAUGAUGGUUCUGCACCCCAUACUUCAAAAGUCGAAAGAGAAGAGGGUGAAUUGUCGCCAAAUGGAGAUUUUGAAGAGGACCAUUUUGUUCCUUUCGAAGAUGGAACAUCUAAAGGAAAGGAAGGUUCUACAAGCAGAUCGUUCCAGGGUAGGCCUGGGGAAGUGGUACCAUCUUCUGCUGAGGCAGCUGGUGAGAAUGAUGCUGAUGCUGAUGAUGAGGGUGAGGAAAGUGCUCAGAGGUCUACUGAGGACAGUGAAAAUGCUUCAGAGGCGGGUGAAGAUGCAUCGGGCAGUGAAUCUGGUGAUGGUGAGGAAUGUUCUCGUGAAGAUCAUGAUGAGGAAGAGGAGGAUAUGGAUCAUGAUGAUCAGGAUACAAAAGCUGAAAGUGAGGGUGAGGCAGAAGGAACAACUGAGACACAUGAUGUGGAAGGAGGAAUAUCACUACCACUUUCAGAACGCUUUCUGUACUCAGUUAAACCACUUGCCAAGCAUGUACCUACAGCUUUACAUGAUCGAGAGGAGAAGUUCUCACGUAUAUUUUAUGGAAACGAUUCAUUUUAUGUCUUGUUCAGACUACAUCAGAUCUUAUACGAGAGACUACUUUCAGCAAAAACCAACUCUUUCACUGCUGAAAAGAAAUGGAGGAAUUCCAAGGAUACAAACCCUCCUGAUCUAUAUGCAAAGUUUAUGAGUGCGCUGUACAACUUGCUUGAUGGUUCUUCUGACAACACCAAAUUUGAGGAUGACUGUCGAGCUAUUAUUGGGACUCAAUCAUAUGUUCUCUUUACUUUAGAUAAACUGAUUUAUAAAGUUGUGAAGCAGCUUCAAGCUAUAGCAACAGAUGAAAUGGACAAUAAGCUUCUGCAGCUAUAUUUAUAUGAAAAAUCAAGAUCUCCUGGGAGGUUCUUUGACCUAGUUUAUCAUGAAAACGCCCGUGUCCUACUCCAUGAUGAGAGCAUAUACCGAUUUGAAUGUUGCUCGAGUCCGACAAGGUUAUCUAUUCAGCUUAUGGAAUAUGGUCACGAAAAGCCAGAAGUGACUGCAGUAUCAAUUGAUCCAAAUUUUUCUUCGUAUCUUUUUAGCGAGUAUUUGUGUAGUAUGUCAGACAAGAAAUUAUCUGAAGGCGUCUACCUUGGAAGGAAUAAGCGGAAAUAUUCAAAUAAUGAUGAACCUUCAGAUUCUUUGAAGGCAAUGGAUGGUAUCAAAGUUGUGAAUGGUCUUGAAUGCAAGAUAUCCUGCAAGACCUCUAAGGUCUCAUAUGUCCUUGAUACUGAAGAUUUCUUGUUCCGGCUUCGGAAGAGACGGAAAAUUUUGCGGGGUGGGAAUGUGCCCGACAGUUCGCAGAUUUCGAAAAUAUAUGCUGCAAAAGUGCAGCGCUUCAAUAGGUUCCUAUCCAAACCAUAG